AUGCGGGUGCAUGUGGGCGGCGGGAUGGGGCUCAGGCGCCCAAACCAGCACCCAGGGGCCCCUUGGCUGCGAGGGGGGCGGGCCGGCCGGGCCCGGAGGCGAGGGUCGCUCGAGAGCUCCUUAGUAGUACAGUCCGGUCUCCCGCUGUUGGAGCGUCCAGGGUUCAGCCCAGGCACCGGUAGGCUUCAGGAGGCAAGCAUUCCUGCUGUGGAUUUUGCGGAGAGUGCGGCCCGGGGGUCUUGGCCGGUUCUAGGGUCCAGUCCCCGGACCCACACCGGCGCCCCGGGCUGUUUGGCUCCACCUUCCACCGCGCUGGCCAGAGGGGAGAGACCGGAGGUAGGCGACCUUGGCCCUGCCCAGCCCGCCUGGAGACGUGGCAGAGCCGGGGGAGGCCGCUCCCGCCUAGGAGACUCCCGGGUCAACAAAUGGGGAUGGGCACUAAGAAGGAGCUUCUUUAACA